AUGAAAAAAAGAUGUAUCACAGAAUCCAUUCCUGUAACACAAAUGUAUGAAGAACAGUUGUGUAAAGCUGUGUCGCAAAGCAUGAACAUCAAUAACAUGCAUUUUGAUUCAGUAAAAUCAGCCUUGUAUCGAUUCCGUAAUAGUUACAUACCAAAACUACCAAGCACAUUAUCAGAAGUUGAUAUCCCACCGAAAUGGCAACUGGAUAAUGCUGGUAACCAAUUUUUACGUUACGUGACACCAAUGCCAGUUAAGGUUUUGAUUUUUGUGACCGAUCGUGCUUUAAAGGAACUGGCAUUAUCUGAACAUUGGAAUGUUGAUGGCACAUUCAAAACAACGCCGCGACCCUUCUACCAAGUAUAUACAAUCCAUACAUAUAAUAAAUUAUCAAUGAAACCAUCAGUUUAUUGUUUAUUGCCAAGUAAACAUCGGGAAUCGUACAAUGCCAUGAUUAAUGGUUUGCUGUUUCUUGCAAAUUCGAAUGGAAUAACAUUAAAUCCCAAAACAAUCAUGCUGGACUUUGAAGAAGCAGCCAUAUUAGCUUUCAAUCAACAUUUUCCAAAUGCUUUAACUAAAGGUUGUUAUUUUCAUUUCACAAAAAAUUUAUGGAAAAAACUAGCAAAACAAAAAAAUGGAACACGAAUUUAUAAAAAUAAUAGAGAAGUUCGUAGUUGCAUAGCAAAUGUGUUUGCUUUGCCGCUUGUCCCACCAGAACAAAUUCCUUCAGUUUUUGCUGAUACUCACGAUCUCAUACCAAGUGACAUGACUGCAGUGCAAGUUUUCUUUGAUUAUGUUUGUGACACAUACGUAGAAGAAGAAUAUUUCGAGCGUGGAUUCUGGAAUUUGUUCGAUGUUUUUGAUUUACGUCCAAAGACAAAUAAUGCUGUUGAAGGCUAUCAUCGAAAGCAAAAUUCACGUGUAUCAGCUCAUCCCAACGUAUAUCGAUGGAUAGAACAAAUUCGCAAAGAAGAAGAUUUCGCGCGGUGCCGUGAUAUAUUAGAAUCCAACACUGGCUUACCGUCUAAAAAGCGCCGGAAAGAAAAUGAAGAAAACGAUUUUGCCUUAUGUUUGGCAAAAACAGCUUCAACCAUUGAAGCAAUUGAUAUAAAUGAAUAUCUAGAACACGUAAGAAAAACUGCCUACCGAUUCAUACAUAACGUUGGUGGAAAAGACGCGGAGUAG